UGAAUUUUAAAUAUUUGUGUGCAAAUUUGUAAAAAAAUAACUUAAAAUAAAAAGAAAUUUAAAAACAUUUUUUUGAAAACUAUUUAGCGCGUUUUUUUUUGUCUGAUCGCAAUGUGUUGGUCGAUACGUGUCUAUUGGAUUGUUUUACAUAAUUUAUUCGCCAGAUUCUUUUCAAAUCUUGCCAAUACUUGCUCAUACUCCGAUACCACGCAUAUUUGUUGUUAUUGCUGUAGUCGAUGUGGUUGUUGUAAUUGUUAUAAACAUCAACAAAUGAGAAAUCUAUCAGAUGAUGAUGGUGAAUAUGAUCCGGUGGAGAAUGGUUUGAAUUUAAAUUCAAGUGAACUUCAUCCACAACAAACGUCUAGAAUACAACAUGAUUAUGUCAUAGUGGACGACAUAGAUGCCAAUUACCUACAAAUAGAGAAGAGAAAAAUUGAAACAGAACCUUUUUAUCGUACCAUAGAUCGUGCCACAGCGGAAGACAUAUUAUUGGGGAGAGAAGAUGGAACUUGCUUAGUAAGACCCUACAAAGAAACAGAUAUUUCUAUUAAAUACAUCGUCAGCAUUUAUGCAGAAAAGGAGUUCUUUCAUCUAUUCAUAAGACAAAUCAAGGGCCAGGAAUUGUUUGCCAUUGGCCAGGAGAAGGCAAAUGAGAAAUAUUUCAAUACACCCAAUGAUAUUAUAGAGUUUUACAAGCACAACAUUUUACAGUGUACCAAUAAACAAUGUAGUUUAAGUUUAGUCCUAAGACCGAUAAUAGUUUGAGAAGAGUAAAAUGGAAAGAAACACUCAGAAUUUGUACUGAAAUGAUCUCAGAUAAAAAUUGCUGUCUUAAACUGAUUACAUUUUAGAGAUUAAGAAAACGUUUAUUUUAUUUUUUUUGUAUUUUACGAAUACUUUAGAUUUAGGUAUACAGAUGCAUGUAUAAAUAUAAAAUUUUAUUUAUUUUAUUUGCAUAAUUAAUAAUAAAUAUUUACAGAAUUAUUAAAAAAUAUAAUAA